UGGGUACUUUUAAACUGUGUUAGAAUGUUAUAUACUAUCGGCUUUGGAAAAUAAUAAUAAUAAUACUAAAAAAAAAAACUGGUAUUUUGUCAACUGUCUGAUUCAUCCGGCUUGCCAUACACCGCUUAACAUUUGUUUUGUGACAUCAGUUGUAGUUAGCCGGCACCGUAAAUACGCAGUAUCGGAAGUAAAGCAGUAGUAGGUGUGUGGAUGAUAUUGCUGAGGAAACACGUGAAACUAGCAAACACAGUUUGAAGAGUGUUUUGCGGUGCUUUUGCGCCUUUACUAAAUGUAUUUGUAACGGGUUGGAGUAGAGUCUCCCAGUAAACAUCCUGACUGUUUUGUAAUAGAAUCGGUGGAAUUUUUGUUGAGAAUUUAUAUAAGUGAACGUUACCAUGUUAGAGAGGAUCCUAACUCCUUCCCCCAACUGGUACUGUUCCCGGACAAGUGAUACUAGCUCCAAGGGACUUUUGGGAUUUGCAGGGAGAAAUUCGGUCUAUCUAGUGGACGUUACUGGACCAACUCCUGUCUUUAGUGGAGAGCUGGCUGGACACACUGACAGAGUUUCUGGUUUCACAUUUUGCCAUCACCCUGCACAAGAAGACCUUUGUGUUAGCUGUUCUGAUGAUGGUACUGUUAAGAUUUGGGACAUCACAUCUGGAAGUGUGGUAAAGGAACACCAAGUCCAUCAGAACAUCAUUUCGGCAUUACACUGGUCACCACUUGUGAAGGACCUUAUUAUAUCUGGAGAUGAAAAGGGAAUUAUUAUUUGUUUUUGGUAUAAUCGAAAUGAUACCCAGCAGUUGUUCCCAGAGCCCAGAACCAUCUUCUGCUUGUCUUGUUCUCCACAUCAUGAAGAUCAUGUUGCAGUUGGGUAUAAGGACGGAAUGAUUGUUCUCAUCGAUAUCAGCAGGAAAGGAGAAGUGAUACACAGGCUGAGAGGUCACAAUGAUGAAAUCCAUGCUCUGUCUUGGUGCCCUUUACUUCAAAAUGAGGAAGCUUUGUACUCUAGACAAGAAGAGAUCCCUGAAGCUGAACUUAAUGGAGAACCUGCACCGGAAAGCACUACUGAAUGCUAUUUUCUGGCCUCUGGAAGUAGAGAUCAAACCAUCCGUAUCUGGAACUCCAACAGAGGCAAAGGUUUGAUGACACUAAAAUUACCUUUCCUGAAGAGGAGAGGUGGAGCUAUUGACACCAUUGGAAAGGAGCGUCUUUGGCUAACAGUACACUGGCCUCCGGGCUGGCCUACACAGAUCGUGUCCAGCUGCUUUGGGGGAGAGCUAUUGCUUUGGGAUUUGACAAAGUCUGGAAAGCAGAAGUGGACGCUUUUUGGAUUAUCAUCGGAGUGGCAGAAUCAUUCAAGGAUUGCAUUCAGCCUUUGUUCACUUAAGAUGGCAGAUGGAAAAGAAUUGUUGUUCUCAACCUCCAUGGAUAGAGAUGUGAAAUGUUGGGAUAUGCAAACUUUAGACUGUCGCUGGACUAUGCCAACAUUAGGUGGCUAUGUUUACAACCUGGCCUUCUCCUCUAUUGAUGUGGGCUGCCUUGCUGUUGGAGUUGGGGACACCAUGAUUCGUGUAUGGCAUACCCUAUCUUUACACAACAAAUUUGAAGUAAAAUCAUUCUGGCAAGGAAUUAAAGGCAAGGUCAUGGCACUGUCCUGGCAUCCAGCCAGGGAAGGUUUUCUAGCUUUUGGAACAGAUGAUGGCAAAGUUGGCAUUAUUGACACGUACUCAAACAAACUUCCUCAGAUUUCUAGUUCAUAUCACAAGAAAAGUGUAUACACAGUGGCCUGGGGGCCAGCAAUCCCUCCAGUAUCACGUGGAGGAGAUGGAGAUAAACCCUUUGUAACACUGUACAGCUGUGCUGGUGAAGGAAUCAUCUUACAACACAAUCCCUGGAAACUGACAGUUGAGGCACAUGACAUUAACAAACUCAUCCAAGAUACAAAUGCUAUUAAAUACAAGCUACCUUUACGAAGUGAGUUCAAUUGGAAACCAGAUGGCAAAGUCUUGGCAAUUGGUAAUGAAGAUGGAUCAAUUGAAAUAUUUAAUGCCCCAGAACUGAAGUUACUUUGUACAAUCCAACAGCAUCACAAGUUGGUUAAUGCAAUUCGGUGGCACCAUGACCAUGGUAAUCAGCCUGAGCUGGGCUACCUCAUAGCAUCUGGUUCAGUCAAUGCUGUAAUCUACGUGCACAAUCUUCAGAAUGUUAUUGAGAAUCCACCAGAUACUCCAGCCUUAAUACCUGCGCCAUACAGAACUCUGCCUGGACAUACAGCUAAAAUUACAAGUCUUGCUUGGAGUCCUCACCAUGAUGGAAGAUUAGUGUCUGCCUCUUAUGAUGGUACAGCACAGGUUUGGGAUGUUUUAAAGGAGGAACCAUUGUGUAAUUAUCGAGGCCAUAAAGGAAGGUUGCUUUGUGUCCGGUGGUCUCCAGUAGAUCCAGAUAGCAUAUGGACUGGAGCAGAUGACUUCACUGUGCAUAAUUGGAUGGUUUCCAAGCAAGAGUUUACAAGGCCUCCCAAAGGUAAAAAACAAACAGAGCUUGAGCUGAAGAGAAACUCUCAGUUGAAACCUAAAACUAAAAAGAAGAAAAGGGCUGUGAAGGAAAUAACCAGGCAAGAUUUCACUGAUUCUCUGAAUGCAGAAGAAAACCCAGCAUGUGCUAAUGAGAUGGCAUCAGAGCCAGAAGAGGAAGAAACUGAGGUGCAAGAUCAAGGCUCUGAAGUACAGCAAGAUGCUCCAAUGGCAGCUUCCUCUAGCAAGGCAAAGAGCCACAUAAAGCAUCUCCCAGCAGUCAGAAUUGAGCAGUCUGUGGAUGAAAAGAAGAGAGAGAAGCCAGACUUGUUUCUGAAAAAGAGAAAGAGUCGUUCAAUACUGCCCCUGAGUACAGCUUUAGAUCACAAAUUGAAGGAGGAGAUGAUGCAGGACUGCUUAACUCUAACCAAAGUCUGCUAUUCUAAAGAACCAGAAAUAGUCAGCAAAUGCAUACCUGGAGCUGGUGAAUAUAUUCAUCUAGGACUCUUCACCGACAGAGCUGCUGUUCACAGAGUCAUAAAGGAAGAAGGAGCAAACCACCUGGAAAAUGGACAUCCAGACUUAUUUCAUCAUCUCAUGAUUUGGAAAGGAGACCUUUCAGGAGCAUUGAAGGUGGCUUCAGAGAGGGGGGAACUGACUGAUUAUCUGGUCUCAUUGUCUUCUAUGGCUGGCUAUCUUGUUUGGGUACAGACUGUUGAAGCCUUUGUGAAACAACUUUGCUUCCAAGAGGAGUAUGUUAAGGCGGCCUGUUACCUGCUUGCUAUUCAGAGAGUGUAUGCUGCUGUGGAACUGCUGAAGUCUCACCAGCUGUACAGGGAAGCAAUUGUGUUGGCUAAAGCCAGACUACUUCCAGAAGACCCGGUACUGAAAGACCUCUAUACCACCUGGGCAGCUGUGCUGGAGAAAGGUGGGCACUACUACAUGGCAGCUAAAUGUUAUUUAGGAUUGGAUUCCCCUUAUGAUGCAGCUAAAGUGUUAUCCAAAAAAGGUGAUGUGGCAUCUUUAAAGGUGGCUGCUGAGGUAGCUCUGGUAGCUGGAGAGAGAGAGCAGUCUGCGAUCUUUGCCCUGAGAUGUGCCCAGGAACUUCUGUCAGCCAGGGACUGGCUUGGGGCACAAGAGGUCUUGAAACACCUUGAAAGUCUUUUGGGUCAAAGGUUGGUUUUCUGUACUAGUGAACUACUUUCCAAGCAUCUUAUUGAAGGGAAAAUUAUUGUGUGGCCAGACACAUCUCCUCCGCAGUAUCACGACUGGGUUACAGGCAAGGAUCUGUCCUUCACAGAUAUGUUGAUUGAGGUGUGGAAGAUGGAAUUUAAACUGGAUUCUGAGAAUGCAAGGACUGCUUUGCAACAACUGAACACUGUUGAUUACCCCCCUGUGACAGCCAGCACGUCAUCUAAACAGCUGUUGCUGUAUUUGUCCCAUGACUUGACUUUGGCAGUACUUAACUGUCUAAAGAUUUCUUGGGGUGAUGCCAUUAUCUCAUUGCUACAUACGGUGACACGCUGUUUUGAUAUAGGCAACUUUGAAUUAAUGCAGAGGAUUUACAAGCUUGCUCUUCCUAAAGGUCCUUCUUAUCUUCUAAACAAAGUAGAUGGCCAAAAUACUUGUAGCAUGGCUGCAUCUGAAAGCUUAAAUGCAUUUUUCUAUUAUGGACAGUUGUAUGAAUUCUGGUGGAACCAAAGUUCAGUUCCUUGUGAAUUUACUACAUUGCCCAAACAGGAGAGCUGUGAGCAAAAUCAUUCUUCAGUUGCCAUUGAGACUCCGGAGGUUAUUGAAGCAGCAGCAGAUGUGAAAGAGAAUACUAAAGCAGUCAGCUGCAGUUCUACAGCUGGUGAAAUGCAAAUGGAUAUAAAAGAAGCAAGCAGACAGCAGUUACUGGAAAGAGUCUCACAAUUAGAAAAUUACAAGGUUCUUCUUUCUGAUCUUCAGGCUUAUAUUCAGAGUAUACAACGUGAAAUAAAAGACAUUCAAGACUCUAUGGUAAAGAUGGUCUUGGAACAUAAGAAGAACCUAGCUGCAGCAACCCAAACAAGAGAUUUAGAAGAAGAUAAGGAAGGUCAAACGGAAGACACUAAAGAUUCUGCUAAGACAGAAAUAGAUGCUUGUCUGACACCUGUGGACAGUUGCUCUUCCAGUAGUACAGGUGAUUUCCCAUCUGUGGCAUCCUUGACAGAAGCACUUUCUGAAUUACAUAAAAGAAUGGCUGAAAUUCCUGAAGAUUCCAAGAGAUUCCCUUUUCCUGAUGUGUUAGAGUGCUGUCUUGUACUACUUCACAUUGGAUCACAUCAUCCAUUCGACCUUCCAGCAGAUGUUCAGCAGCUGGCCUGUGAUCUACUUCAAAAGUAUGGAAAGACUGGCACUUUUCUGAAGGCUAGGCAAAGAUUCUUCACAUGAUUGUGCAAGGCACUGCUUCCAUAGUUUCUUUUUCAUUUUUGUAUUUACCAGUGACAUGCUGCUGAAAUUUUCAGGAAAAUUAAUACUGGCCUUAUUAGCAUCAUGGAAGAAAAACAUAGCAGUGAACCCUUUAUCUGUCUGUAUGGGCCAAGUGUAUAAGCCAGAACCUAGGACUGUAAAUACAGUUGCAGAAAACAACUCCUGAAAUCUAACUACAACAUAAUAGCAGAUAAGUGAUUCGCUGUCACAAGGAUGUUCUACAUUAAUGUUUCUUAUCAGAGCCAUGUUUGACACUAUGCAUACAUUGAGGGUUGCUAUGCCAGCAGCCAUUUCAGGCAAGAAAUGUUUGCCUCUAACAUGGAAAAAGACUCUUCGGUUGGAAAUGCAUUGCUUGAACUCUUUUUCACAUACAUUGCAAUUCUUUUAUUUUCUCAAGAAAAUGUGUAUUGCUACAGUUUAUGGUGUAUAUACAGUUGAACCGAAGAAGAUUUAAUUGACCACUGUCAAACUCUUGCUGUUUUAAAUAUAUAACUUAAGAUAUCUGAAUGUCAUGAUGUCCCUUUUGCUUCACAGCAGGAAAAUUUGAGGAUUGAACUUCUUGGUUUACUACCUGUCACCCAUAUGAAUACUUAUUUCAACUGUAGUGUGUCUUAGCUUGUGUCUGAUUCAAGAGGUAGACCAUUAAUUUAACAUUUUGUUUAAGAAUUGAUUAAUCUUCUGGCUGAUGGAUAUGGCACUUUGAUUUGAAUAAAGUUGUGGUUAUGAAUCAGAUAGGUCAGAUCAGGUGUGACAGAAUAUUCUUGUAGUUGCUAAGAGCCAGGUAGGUAACCACUUCAAUGCUGCAAAAACAGGAGAUCCUUAACUUAUAGGACUAAAGACCAUUUUGAGUUUCUGCUUCCAGCUGUAUGUUAUUGUCAGCAUAAGAAGGAACCUAUUUCCUUAUCCUGUUUCUUAUCUCACCCAUAUUUACCCAGAGCAUUAGAAUUGUCCUUGUUCAUUUGAUCCUACAACUACAGGAAUCUGUCCCAAUGUACUCUCUUUUCAAAUAGCCUCCUUCGUUAAACCUGCUGGAUCAGGUCAGCUUUACCAAGGCAUCACACUGUUCUGCUUUGUCGUAUUUAGAAGGGAUGUAAAUCAUCCAAACAUUUCUGUCUAGAGCCAUUAAAAGCUGAAAGAAGCAUGUACAGUGUAGCUGUUUUUAGCAGUGAAACAUGAGAAUUGGCUUGGAGUCUAACUCAUCUUAAUCCCAAUCUAGUUGGUUUCUCAUGGACUUCUGAUUACUAUCUUUAAAUCCCCCAAGGUCCAACUUUCACAGUUCCCAAUAACCAGGAUUUUGGUAAGAGAUUUUUUUGUUUUGCUUUCCAUCUAUUCAGUAUAGUUUUGCCAUCUGUUACCAAUGGACAGUCGUCCUUGGAGUUCUGUCACACAGCACCAUCUACACUUUCUUGACCUCUGACAGGUUAGUCUCAGUCUCUCUCUUUUUUCAUGUCUUUAGGUUAUAGACCCUUAGCCAGACUUGGGUUUGGAUAGAUGAACUGAUUGAUGCUUUCCGUGAGAAUGUGUUUAGAUUCCUUUUUGUACUUUAGUUGUACAGUGGGAACAGUUGUCUCCCUUGGUUUUGAUAGCUUUGAGGUUGCUGGCUCAGUUCUCCACUUACUGGUCUGAAGCCUGUAUUACCGCAUUGCCUUUGUGCAUGUAUCUUACUUUUUUUCUUACAUGGACCACAUUGCUUUGCCUUCCCCUGGUUGUUUUGCAUGAUUACAGUUCAUUUUCCAGACAGUUUUGGGUUGUCUAGCAUAAUCACAGUUUGGUCUCCAGACAGUUGUAACAAGGCCCUUGAUAGGCCACCUCACAUAUCACUGUGGGGAAAAUGCACAGUGUUCAUAGUUCCAUUAAAAUUGGCCUACUUCUUAUUUUCAGUCUCCUCAAGUAGAGAGGGGUUAGUCUUACUCUUUGCUUUUUCCAUUGUUCCUUCCAUUUGUCCACUUAAUGUUGUGGACGUAGUAACCUCUAUUCCUGUUUUAAAAACAGUAUGCCAUCUAGUGCAUCUAGGUAUGUUUUUUGUUUCAGGCUUCACUCUGCAAUGAUGCAAUAAUCUCUAGGUCUUCUUUUGGGCACAUUGGAAGAAUUCCUUCUCAAGUGCAUGGUUAUGGCCAAGGCAGUUAUUAUACUUUAUCUCCACAAGUCUUACUUAUUCUUUUUGCCUUUAAGUCCAGUAUAAAGCACACUGCAGAUACCAUUUUACUUUUUUGUAGAAAAUGUAUUAGAUCUCUGUUUUGUAACUUCCAACAUAUUGAAGGUUUUGAAAGCUGUGUUGUACUGAGUUAUUAAACUGAUCAGUCUGAA